GAUAACAACACCCAGCAAAACCAUCCCCCACAUCAUUUCUCCCCUCUUCCUCAACAAAGUAAUGACCUUUCCUCUGUUCCUCUACAACCGAGCACACCCUUCUUUUAUCACUGUCAGCACCAAUAAAUUUAGAUCGUUAUAUUAUAUUAAAAACACAUACUGCAAAACAUCAAGAAAGAUUAAGUGAGUGGGAGAGAUUGGUUUGGUUUGGGGGUUAGUUUGAUUGAGAGAUGUGGGAUGCUUCAGGCAUUGAUGAAUCUGCUUUCUUUAUGUUUUAGGCCAUUUGGGCAAGGUAGCAGUAGUAACAGUGGUAAAAAGUUUCAGUCUUUUGCUGGUAUCAGCAAAGAAGGGAAAGAUGGAUUGCUUUGGUAUAGAGAUAUUGGAAGAUAUGGGUCUGGUGAAUUUUCAAUGGCUGUUGUUCAAGCUAAUCAAGUACUUGAAGACCAAAGCCAGAUUGAGUCUGGACCUUUUGGAACUUUUGUCGGUGUUUAUGAUGGUCAUGGUGGACCUGAAGCUGCACGUUUUGUCUGUGAUCACUUGUUCAGGCACUUUCAAGGUCUGCUUUGUGGUUAUGCACCAAUUUCAGCAGAGACGCAGGGUGUUGUGACAAGUGAGACCAUCCAAAGAGCUUUCUGCUUAACAGAGGAAGGGUUUACCAAUUUCGUGUCCGAGUUAUGGAGCACUCGUCCCCAAAUGGCAACAGUUGGGUCAUGCUGUCUAGUUGGAGUCAUAUGUCAACAGACCCUCUUUGUGGCAAACCUGGGUGAUUCCCGUGUUGUGCUGGGCAAGAAAGUCGGCAACACAGGAGGUAUUUCUGCCAUACAGUUAUCAACUGAACAUAAUGCAAACCUUGAGGCCAUCAGGCACGAACUCGAGGACUUACAUCCAAAUGAUUCCCAGAUUGCUGUCCUGAAGCGUGGAGUUUGGAAAGUGAAGGGGAUUAUUCAGGUUUCUAGAUCCAUAGGAGAUGUAUAUAUGAAACAUGCACGAUUCAACAGGGAACCAAUUGAUGCAAAGUUCAGACUUCCUGAACCAAUGGACAUGCCAAUCUUGAGUGCCAAUCCAACUAUCCUUUCACAUCCUCUCCAUCCGAAUGAUUCAUUCCUUGUGUUUGCAUCUGAUGGUCUUUGGGAACAAUUGAGUAAUGAAAAAGUUGUGGAUAUUGUCCACAGUAAUCCACGAGCAGGAAGUGCCAAAAGGCUUGUCAAGGCUGCCCUACAAGAAGCAGCAAGAAAAAGAGAAACGAGAUAUUCAGAUCUGCAGAAGAUUGACAAGAAGGUUCGGAGGCACUUUCAUGACGAUAUAACUGUAAUUGUUUUAUUCUUAAACCACGAUCUCAUAUCCAAAGGCGCAGUGCAAACCCCACCAGUUUCCAUCCGAAGUGCUUUGGAGCACUGAUAACCCAUAUUUCUGCUGCCUUAUUGUGGACAACUCCCAAGAACAUAUCAGCAGAUCAAGACAUAUAUCAAUAUGUAUGGCUAUACAGCUGCACAUUGACAAAGCGGUUGCCGUGCCUGGAUGCUAAUGCCAAGACCUCUCUUAUUUGAGAGAUUAUGAAUUUGUAAAAUGUUGUUUGUCAGAAAAAAUUAAAAAUAAUAGCGGCUAAGUCCAUGUAUACCCUGAUUAUGUCUUCUAACGGAACAGCAUAUGCAGAUGCAAGGAAGUUGUCGAAACUGCAGUAUGAGAUGUUAAAAUAUUGGAAUUCGGUGGUGGUGUUUGUUACCGUGUUUUGAUUA